GCAGAACAAACGGUCUGAGCGCUUGGCGGGCGCCUGAGAGCGGAGCGGGCGAGGCCGAGGAGCGGAGGCCGAAGCCGUGAGGAGCGGCCCGGCGAGGGCGAGGGGCGUGCGAGCGAGCGGCCGCGGCUCGGUGAGGAUUUCGGUCGUGUUUUCCUUGGCCGUCGCCGGAAGCCCGGAGAAGCCGGGUGGAACUGCCUUUUGAACGCGUUCUCACGUGUGUUAGGGAUCGUCCUCCUGGAAGAGCCUUGAUGGCCACGCGGUGUCCUCGCCCCUCUCUCCGCUGGACCCGAGGCCCCUUCCCAGCAAGAGCUGGCCUGGUGGCCGGUAUCCACGCGGGGGGCAGCGGCCCUCACACAAGGAUUGGUACCCAUCUAUCUAGUGCGUUGCCUUUGGCCUUUCUCAUCAGGAUGAAAACGCUUCUGUUUGGUGUCUGGGCCCUGCUGGCCUUGAUCCUUUGCCCAGGGGUCCCGGAAGAGUUGUUUGAGGUUUCUGUUUGGCCAAAUCAGGCCCUGGUGGAGUUUGGACAGUCCCUAGUGGUCAACUGCAGCACUACUUGCCCAGACCCAGGACCCAGUGGAAUUGAGACCUUCUUAAAGAAAACUCAGGUGGGCAAAGGGCCUCAGUGGAAGGAGUUUCUUCUGGAGGAUGUCACAGAGAAUUCCAUCCUGCAGUGCUUCUUCUCUUGUGCAGGGAUUCAAAAGGACACAAGCCUUGGCAUCACUGUGUAUCAGCCACCAAAACAAGUGAUCCUGGAGCUGCAGCCUCCCUGGGUGGCCGUGGAUGAACCCUUCACAGUGAAGUGUCAUGUGCCCAGCGUAGCACCCUUGGAGAGUCUCACCCUUGCCCUUCUCCAGGGUAACCAAGAACUGCAUAGAAAGAACUUUAUGAGCUUGGCUGUGGCCUCCCAAAGAGCUGAGGUCAUCAUCAGUGUCAGAGCCCAAAAGGAGAAUGACAGGUGCAAUUUUUCCUGCCAUGCAGAACUGGACUUGAGUUUGCAAGGUGGGAGGCUCUUUCAAGGCAGCUCACCCAUCAAAAUAGUCCGGAUCUUUGAAUUCUCUCAGAGUCCCCACAUCUGGGUCUCUUCCCUUUUGGAGGUUGGGAUGGCGGAGACUGUGAGCUGCGAGGUGGCUAGGGUGUUUCCAGCCAAAGAAGUUAUGUUCCACAUGUUCCUGGAAGACCAAGAGCUGAGCUCCUUCCUUUCCUGGGAAGGGGACACAGCAUGGGCCAAUGCUACCAUUCGGGCCAUGGAGGCUGGUGAUCAGGAACUGUCUUGCCUUGCAUCUCUGGGUCCAAUGGAACAGAAAACAAGAAAGCUAGUGCAUAGCUACAGCUUCCCUCCACCAAUCCUGGAGCUAAAAGAAUCAUACCCAUUGGCAGGGACCAACAUUAAUGUGACCUGCUCAGGGAACGUAUUAACAUCACCCAGCCCUACUCUUCGGCUUCAGGGAGCCCCAGACCUCCCUGCCCCUGGGGAGCCUGCCUGGCUUCUACUUACUGCCAGGGAGGAAGAUGAUGGCCGAAAUUUCUCCUGUGAGGCCUCUUUAGAGGUGCAGGGUCAGCGGUUGAUGAAAACCACUGUGAUCCAGCUCCAUGUCCUAUACAAGCCACGGUUAGAGGAAUCCAGUUGCCCUGGCAAACAGACCUGGCUGGAAGGGAUGGAACACACGCUCGCCUGCGUCCCAAAGGGAAACCCAGCUCCAGCCUUGGUGUGUACCUGGAAUGGGGUGGUCUUUGACCUUGAAGUGCCACAGAAGGCAACCCAGAACCACACUGGAACCUACUGCUGCACAGCCACUAACCAGCUGGGCUCUGUCAGCAAAGACAUUGCUGUCAUUGUUCAAGGACUGGAUGAAGGAAUCAGCUCUACCCUCUUUGUCAUUAUUACCGUUGCCCUUGGAGUGGGUGUCAUCACCAUAGCACUGUAUUUGAGUUAUCGGCCCUGCAAAGUGGACAGGAGGAAAUUGCUCUAUAGGCAGAAAGAGGAGGACAAAGAAGAGGAAAGCCAGUUUGCUGUUCAGGAAGAGAAAAGUGCAACUCAUAUAAUUGACAGCUAUUUGAUUGAGUGAGACUUCUGCUACUGUGGUUUCCCAGGGAGGGAAGAAGGGAUAGAGGAGAAAGGAAGAAACACAAUGGCAGGCUGCACUACCCUUUGUGUACGUCUGUCCUGUAAAACAGUGUUUCAGGCCCCCAUGCCCCAUGUCCUGUGUGUCCAAUAUGUCCACAAGCUCACCUUUCUCUCUCCCUCUCUCUUUUUUUUGAGAUGGAGUCUCACUCUUGUCGCCUAGGCUGGAGUGCAAUGAUGUGAUCUCGGCUCACUGCAACUUCAGUUUCCCGGGUUCAGGCGAUUCUCCUGCCUCAGCCUCCCCAGUAGCUGAGAUUACAGGUGCACACCACAACUCCUGUCUAAUUUUUGUAUUUUUCGUAGAGAUGGGGUUUCACCAUGUUGGCCAGGCUGGUCUCAAACUCCUGACCUCAAGUGAUCCGCCCACCUCGGCCUCCCAAAAUGCUGGGAUUACAGGUGAGAGCCACUGCGCCCAGCCGCCUUUCUCUUUAGAGCUCACUCUAGUCAUUAGGAAUCUCAGUCUCAAUGUUUGAUUUGUAAGAAGGCCUCUUGCGCCUUGCCAGGUGCUUCAUCAGUCCACUCUUAGAUCCAAAAAAAAAGAAAAGAUCUUGCCGUUUCUUCAUGAUUCUCACUGCCCUUUUCUCUUAAACAUCAUACUAAAUAAAGUCAGGCACAUCUUAGAAAUACAACUCAUAUUUCAUGGUUUUCUGAUUACUAACUGGGAACUAAAUCUGUAGUCCAGGGACAGGACUUUGAAGGGAGUAAGUAUCAAAUAUGGGGCUAGAAAUCAGAGCUCUGUUCCCAUCUCCACUUUCCCUUGCUCUCCUGACCUGGGCUUCUGGAGUGCCAGCUCCCAGAGCUGGGCUUGUUGACAUCAUUAAAGAUCAGUGGCAAGCUCCAACUCAGUAACCAUCUGUUGUGGGUCUUGGGAGAGUAUACAGAUGGUAAGAAAUUCCACUUCGGGCCAGACAAGCAUCCUAUCUAGCCCAGUGUUCUGUCUCUGAAGUAGAAGGUAGAGUUCUUCCAUGAAAUUGGCCUCAUAGGUUAAGAGUUCCAAACAUCUCCGAAUUCCUUUUCAUAGAGUGAUCAACUGUGAGUUCACAUUUGCCAGUUUUCUUUUUUUUACCUAUAUGGGCGUCUAGGUUAGAGUUGCAAUGUUUACUCUCCCUUUUCAUCAAUAAGGACAUAUUUUCAUCUAUCUGUAAACAAUUUCCUUGAAGCUUCAAGAGGAAUCCUCUUGUGAAAAUGUUCAUAUGAUUUUAUGAUUCUGCUUCCUUCCCUGUCUUUGGGAAGGAGUAUAUUCACCCUCGGAGAAGGCAUGAGGAAUCAUAAAACCAGAUCUUUUCUCCCAAAUCAGUCAAGAAAUGUUCACUGGAAUGUUCCUAUGGUAAAAAUAAAAGUGAUUUUAUGAUAUCCAAAUGC